AUGUCUAUAAAUAUAUCUAUAUAUACUGAAAUAUCUAUCUAUCUAUCUAUCUAUCUAUCUAUCUAUCUCAUUUUGUUUACUAUCUAUCUAUCUAUCUAUCUAUCUCAUUUUGUUUACUAUCUAUCUAUCUUAUUUUGUUUACUAUCUAUCUCAUUUUGUUUAUUAUCUAUCUAUCUAUCUAUCUCAAUUUGUUUACUAUCUAUCUUAUUUUGUUUACUAUCUCAUUUUGUUUACUAUCUAUCUAUCUAUCUAUCUAAUUUUGUUUGCUAUCUAUCUAUCUAUCUAUAUCAUUUUGUUUACUAUCUAUCUAUCAAUCUCAUUUUGUUUACUAUCUCAUUUUGUUUACUAUCUAUCUAUCUUAUUUUGUUUACUAUCUAUCUAUUUAUCUGUCUGUCUGUCUAUCUAUCUAUCUAUCUAUCUAUCUAUCUCAUUUCUUUUUCAUUUCUAUCUAUCUAUCUAUCUAUCUAUCUAUCUAUCUAUCUAUCUAUCUAUCUAUAA